GCUUCGACGAUUGAUAAUUCUAUCACGAAAAAAUCACAAUGUAUUCUAUGCACGAAAUUUUCACCCACUCGAAAGACAUAAAGGUGAGUGGGCACCAUGAAUGAUGGGAUAUUGCUUUCCCUGUCUUCCUACCUGGAGGUUCGAUAAAAGAAAAUGCGCGCGAGCCACGUGUUAAUAUUAAUCUGCGCGCUGUGCAUAGUAGUCCGGUGCGAAGGAACUGUUUCAACUCGAGUCGCUAGGACACUUCCGUUUGGUUUGUCUCCCUCGAGAUGGAUGGCCAUGAUUCGUUCGCUAUGGUCUAGUGGAAGAUUUUGGGAAUGGCCAAGAAACGGUGUGGAUGGUUUUCUGAGACUGGUAGCUUCUCCGGACACUAGGAAGAAGAUGAUGUUUGAAUUCAGACCAGAAGAUGGACCUCGUGCCUCGUUUGAUUAUCAGAGACGCUAUGGCUAUCGAGGACAACGACUGAUUGAAUUGCUUGGUUCUGGUUUUCAUCCGGAUGACGUGCCUUAUCAAGAACCGUUACCUGCUUCCGUGUUGGUACCUCCUCCGCUUCCCUUCUAAUUGCUGUGUAUUUUAUCAAUUUAUAUGGAUUUAUAUGAAGGAAUACGAAAGCGAUAGAAAAUAGAAAGGAGUGAUUAAAUGUGUUCUUCAA